ACCCUGCAGGCGCGUUCGGGGAGCAACGACGACCGUCGGUGUAUGAGUUUUUAUUGUGCGCUCCUUCACAGUCAAAUGUGAAUUUGACAGUUCUUAAUUGAAGUUCUCAAUUCGUCGCUUCAAUCCCCACGCGAAAACAUGGACGUCGCUGUUCAUAAAGAUUUCCUAGCGCAAUAUGUCGUCGACGCGAACGAAGCCGUGGAGUUCCGGCUCGUUCACUCGUCGAAAGAUAUCGAGAAAGAUGAGGGAACUUUCAACCCCGAGAUGUCGCAUCAAUUCUUUGGUGAAGGCGAAUCGAUCUUCGGAUACCGAGAUCUCACCGUUCAACUUUUCUUCGGUGCUGCGAGCCUGGAGAUUUUCUUAGGAGAGAAAUACACAGAGAAAAUCUCGACAAAGAAGUCCCAGGGAGUCGCUCCGGACAACGUCAUGCAGAUAAUCGGAUCGAAGCUGCCCGAGAACGAUUUCCACACGAGUCUCGAUGUGUUCACGUCCAAGAUCGAGUCCGUGGAACCCACCUUCAGACCAACUGGAUCCCUCCAACAUCACUGGAAAACAGACGAGGGAGUUUCAUACGAAAUAUACCACAAUCUGGUAUCGGACGAGAAGUACAGAAAGUAUCACAUGCGCAUGGAAUCCUUCGUCAUGUGGUACAUUGACGGCGCGUCGUACAUCGAUACAGAAGACGUCAACUGGAACUCAUUUGUUCUUUACGAGAAAAGGAGGGUCGCCGGAGAAACUUGGUUCACGUUUUGCGGCUAUUGUACUGUCUACAAGUACUGGGCUUAUCCUGACAAACAACGACCGCGAGUCUCCCAGAUCCUCGUCCUUCCACCCUUCCAGAAGAAAGGGCUCGGGAGCCAGUUGCUUCAAAGCGUCUACAACUUCUACCAGUCCCGGCCGGAUGUUGUCGACAUAACUUUCGAAGAUCCCUCCGACGAGCUGACGCGCAUUCGGGACUUCCUCGAUUGUAAAAACUGUCAACGGCUCUCGUCGUUCCAUGCUGCAAAAUUACAGAAGGGCUUCACGGAUGACAUGAGAUCGGAAGCGAAGGAAAAGUUCAAGAUCGGUCGACGUCAAGCUCGCCGUGUUUAUGAGAUCCUCAGGCUGAAGAAUACUCCGAAGAAGAGUGCGGCAGAGUAUAAGAAAUAUAGACUUGACGUCAAGAAUCGACUGAAUGCCACGAAUCGGCAAGAGCAGAUCAACAUCGAGAAAGCGAAGAAAGCUUUCAAAAAAGAAGGAGCCACGAUGCCCGAGUUCCAUUUGGUGAGCGAUAGCAUCGAGAAAUUGGAUGCGGAAUACAAAGAACUCGAAGCAGUGUACAUGCAUGUUAUAGAGCGACUCAGCAGAGAUUGAGAGAAGGGAAACAUU